CACCACACAAGAAUCUCUCCUCCCUGUCCCUACCCACUCUCUCUGAGCAGUCUUCUCCAGGUCCUCCUCUCUUGUCCUCCACCCCUCACCUUUUCAUAAACUCCAAACCCUAAAGGCAAUUCCUCUGAUCAGAAACCCCCAAAAUUUCACCAUAAACAUAUAUCCAAAUGGAAAACUUGUCCUACUCUUCUUACCCGGACUCAGGCAACUCCUCACCGCGUUCCCGAGAAAUCGAUUGCGAAAACGCUUCAUGGGAUGAACCACCCACCAACUACAAAGUCAAAUUUAUGUGCAGCUAUGGCGGAAAAAUCCACCCAAGACCACAUGACAAUCAACUCACGUACGUCGGCGGUGACACCAAGAUCUUAGCCGUCGACCGGAACAUCCGGUUCUCCGGCUUCAUGCAGAAAUUGUCGUCUCUGUGCGACUCCGAUGCCUGCUUCAAGUACCAGUUGCCUGGUGAAGAUCUUGACGCUUUGAUUUCGGUAACUACUGAUGAGGAUUUAGAGCAUAUGAUGCUUGAGUAUGAUAGGCUCUAUCGUGCUUCGGCUAAGCCCGCGAGACUUAGACUGUUUUUGUUCCCUGUGAAUCCUCCGUCUAGUACUUUUGGUACGAACGAUACUAAAUCGGAGCGACAAUGGUUCGUUGACGCCUUGAAUUCUGUGCAGAUACAGAAUCUGGAGACUUCUUCUCCAUCGGCUGCGACAUCGACGGCAAUUCCGGACUUUUUGUUUGGUCUGGAGAAAAGUCAAGCGCCGCCAGUAGUGGCAUCGAAAUUACAAGAUCCGCCGCCGCAGCAACCGACGGUUCCGGAGAUAACUGCAAAAGAAUUUCACGCCGGAUCGGAUUGUGGAUCGGAGGAUCGGCAUGUAAUUGGAGACCCCGUGGUCUCCCCGGCGGAGUUCCAGAGACUGCAGAUUUCAAGUCACGAUCAAGCUAUGUUUAACCGGAAAAUCGACGAAACAAAUCCUAGGGGCUAUUCUGGAGAGUAUUAUCAACAGAAACUUCAAGAAAAACUUUCGCUGCCGCAACCGACGGUGCCGGUGCAAAUUCCGGGGUCAUACUUUUCAGAACGGCCCAUGAAUAGCGGACUUUACCCUAUGGCGGCAGCGCCGGGAAAUGAACAGCAGGUUUAUCUGAUUCCUACGGCGGCUGGUAUGUAUCAGGCUCCGGCAAUGCGUCCGGUGACCGGACAAGUCGGCCAGGGUUACUAUGGGAUGCAAAGAGUAGUACCGGAGGUUUACCGAGAACAACCAAUGUACAAUCUGGUCCCACAGCAAUCGAUUCAGCAACCGAAAAUUGGAGGCUACAGCGAAGCCAUUGGAAUGGUGCGGCCGCAAAUGAGCGGCGGAAUUGGGGUGACGGAGGCGGGGUAUGCGCAGGUUGGCUAUGACGGGGCAGGGAGGCAGGUGUACUACACUGCACCAGGAGGGGUGGUGCCGCAAUAUCAGGCGGUGAGCGCGGCGAUGGAUGUGAGGCAAAGUGGUGGCGCGUUAAAUCAAGAGGGUUAGGAUGUUGCAUCCAAGGGUUCUCAGGCUUCUGUGUGAUUUUUUUUUCUUGUUGUUCACUUCUUGAGAAACUAAUAAGAACAUUAUAGCAUAGUGGUUUGUGCAAAUUGUGGUUUUUUUGUGCAAAUUUAUGGUGUUUAGUGCAUUAGUUUUGUUUGUUUGGGCAGUUUGUUUUUGUUGAGAAUACAUUGAUGAGAACAUUAGAGUGGUUUAUGUUGUGAAUGUGAUUAUUGAAUUCUCUGUAUAGUUUUUGCAAAUGUUAUAUGUUUAACUACUUUAUUAGAGUGGUU